AUGGCCGACUACGUCAACAAACAGGUGAUUGAAUUAAAAGAAGUUAAUCAAGACAACAGAGCAACGAGGAGCGUGAAGACUGAGACCCAUCUCUCAGAUAGAAGACUAAGACUCUACAGGCUGGCUGCUGGGUGUUUAGGAGUGCUGUGUGUUCUACAAGUCACUCUCAACAUCUCCCUGAGGCUGGCUUUCUAUAACAGAGGCAAUGUGACUGUAGAGAAAGACCAGCUACAGACCACUUACAACACCCUGACUAAAGAGAGAGACCAGCUACAGAAGGAAAGAGAUGAUGUCAUGACAAAGUUCUCAAAUCUGAAACAAACCUGUCCUGAAGGCUGGCAGAUUAAGUUGGAAUCCAGUUGGUACUUCCUGUCUACUGAGACUAAAACCUGGAAGGAGAGCAGACAGGACUGUCUGAAGAGAGGAGCAGACCUGGUGAUCAUAAACAGUGAUUUGGAACAGGAGUUUCUCUUAAGCUUUAAUAAGAGAGCCUGGAUUGGUCUGACUGACUCUGUUACUGAGGGGACCUGGAAAUGGGUGGACGGCACCCCACUGACCACCCCAAGUUACUGGUACUCACAGCAACCUGAUAAUGGUCGUGACAACCCAGCAAAUGGGGAGGAGGACUGUGUUGAACUGAACACAGAAACCUGGCUUCCUGUAAAGGCAUGGAAUGACCAGUCAUGUUUACUCAAUCGUUAUUGGAUUUGUGAGAAAGUGGUUUAACAUCACCAUGACAACAGAGGAGGCUGGUGGGAGGACAUACAACACCUUACAGUGCACACAACUUCAUUAUCUCUCUCUCUAAGACACACCAACACACUGCUGGUACUGUACUGAGGGGCAAAACAACCUGAUAAUGGUGGAGUACCAAGAUAUAACUAGGACUGUGCUGAUGUUACUAUUGGGUAUUCUAAACCUGUAUAUAAAUAUUAUGACAUAGCAUUUACCUCUCAACAUAACUGGAUUUGUGAAGAGUUAUACAGCAGCUCAUUAUAUAGUAGUGCUACAGUGCUAAUGCAUCUCUCUCUAGUUAAACAGUGUGUAGACAUACUGUCAUCUUUACAAUGAUUGUAUUCAUUGUUUUAAAUAGAAACAUGUUAUGUGAUUUGCCAUAGGCUUCUUCUUUUUUCAUAAUCAAUUAUUAGCAUAAAUUUCUUCAGUAAGAAGAUGAACUAAGGCUCAGAUGAAGUAAGAAAGGAACCUAUCGGGUUUACCAGCUUCCUGAUUGAAUGUGAUUGGAUUGUUAAAACAAUGUGACUUGCAGUUGGACAUAGACAGAAGGCAGAAGAGUACUGAGAGGAUACAUGCAGCACGCAGGCAAACACACCUGUGAAGUUCCCUUUAUCUGAUAAAGAUGCAGACAGCUAUCAUGUUAUAUCACUGUGUUUAGAAUAUCCUGUAAUGUAUAACUUCCUGAUUGAAGGUGAUUGGAUACUAGUGGACCGUAGUGGACAACAGACAGAGAUCAGAGAGGAAUCUGGUGGAGAUCCACAUCAGAGCAACUACUCAACUACUAGUCACUGAAGUUAGAAUCAUACAGUAGAUAUUACCAUUAGGAGUCAGUUAGAAAGGUAAUCAUACAGUAGA